GACCUGACCUUCUCCCUCUGCCCGAGGCGAAGGCAGCCUUGCCAAGAGUCGGCGCAGACUGACGCGGCUGCUCCCCGCGGAUGGGGAACUGCCGGGCGCACAGCUCUUCGCUGGCUUCAGCUGUUGGGUGAUGCUGUACCUCCACGGCUUUCAGCUAUGAAAUUUCUGUUGGUUUUUGAUUUUGACCAUACAAUCGUAGAUGAAAAUAGCGAUACCUGGAUUGUGAAAUGCGCUCCUGAGAAAAAGCUUCCUAAUGGAUUAAGAAACUCCUAUCGACCAGGACAUUGGACAGAAUAUAUGGGCAGAGUCUUUGUCUACUUGGGAGACAAUGGCGUCAAAGAAGAUGAGAUGAGAAGAACUAUGACAACAAUUCCUUUCACUGCGGGAAUGGUAGAUCUUCUGGGUUUUAUUGGCGAGAACAAAGAGUUGUUUGACUGCAUAAUUGUUUCAGAUUCUAAUACAGUAUUUAUUGACUGGAUUUUGAAAGCUGCUGACUUCCAUAAGGUGUUUGAUGAAGUGUUUACAAACCCUGCAGCAUUCAGCAGUACUGGCUAUCUUACUGUACAGAACUUCCAUGCUCACCAUUGUGAAAAGUGCCCUAAAAACCUUUGCAAAAGGAAAGUUUUAAAAGAAUUUCUAGAUAAACAGUUGGAGCGAGGAGUAAGUUAUACACAAAUUGUAUAUAUAGGUGAUGGUGGGAAUGACUUAUGUCCAGUAAUGUUUUUGAAGAAGGAUGAUACUGCUAUGCCCAGGCAGGGGUAUACCUUGGAGAAAAAGAUUUCUCAACUGGCCCAGGAUCUCAGUCCUGUAGAGUGUUCUGUUCUGGCAUGGUCAUCUGCUAUUGACAUUAUGUCUUACCUGAAACUGCUUAUAAAGGAAUAAUUCAAAUUAUAAAAGGAAACUAAUAUAGUUCGUUACAUCUUAUCUUCCUGGGAGAGAAAAACUGCAUGUGUAUAAAAGCACAAAAUUGUAAAAUUGGGCUGUUAUCUGAACUUAUCUUUUUCAAACACAAUAUGAAACUGUUUAUGUUCAAUCUUGGCAAUAGUGGAAAAGUUAAGUUAAAAUGGCUUUCUAACAUAGUACACAUUCCAAGAUAAGUGGAGAAGGGCGUUUGCAAGAGGAAUUGCUGUUAUUCUUAGUCUUCCCCCCCCCUCCCCCCCCGCCUUUACCGACUACAUAACUGACCUUUUCUGUUCUAUGCACUUAGAGGAAGGAGUAGGAUUAGUGCACAAAAGAAUGAAAUUCUUCACUUACAAAACAUUAGGUGCCAGUAGCAUGGUUCUGGAACUGUUGGCUUUUAUACUUCUUUGAUCAGGAUAAAUGUUUAAUUUUGUAAAUUAUUUGAUAUGCUUGUAAUCUGAUCUGAAGAUGCAUUUAUAUUUUCAAUAUACUAAAUAUUUUACCAAACAAAGUUACUUUUUAAUAGUUUGUUUUACCUUGUAUUGUAAAGACAAUAAAAGUUAGUGUCACUGACAAAAGCAA